GGAGCUGGUGCGCGCACACAUAUUCACCCACAUGAGAUGGCCAGAGUUGGUGUCAGCCGCACCAAUCAUACUCAAUGUUUGCCCUAUGCUUCGAAAGACAUUUUAGAGCACCAACAAGUCUAUAACAAUGUACUGGCUACAUUCAGCGAACUCUUCGAAUGGUUAGAACAUGUGAUGAAGACACACUUACCAGAGGAGUAUGAAGUCAUCAUUGAACUCAGUCACAAUCUCCCUGGUGGAGAAUGCUCACCGGUGGCUCCAUUUCUAUCCAUUGUCAUAAAUAUCAAUGUCACCACAGAGGCCCACAGAGACAGGUUUGAUAAGGACCUGUGUCUCAUCCUGCCCAUAGGCAAGUUCAAGGCUGGGGCUUUAGUACACUUCGAGCAGGGAUUGGUGUUGGAGCUACGAUGUGGCAACUUCGUCAUUUUUCCCUCUGAUGACACCACUCAUUUUAAUCUUCACUAU